AUGGCAACCGUGAAGCUCUCGGAGCUCUUAGAGAACUCAUCAUCUACCCUGUUUUCUAUCCAUGAGCCGAAGAGAUCGAUCUCAAAAAGAGCGCAAGAUGUUCGCCUAACUUCUCAACUCUCUGCGCUGAUUGGACUCCAACACACCCUCAACAUCUCGAAUAACAGAGUCGAAGCAGUUGAUCCAGACCUAAGACGAUGUUUUGAUGAGGAAAUUGAAGUUACUGCACCUACUAAAGAAGAACGCUUUCAAAUUCUCAAGCUGUACACGAGAAAGCUUCCUUUGAAUUCCAACGUUAACCUACAAGCCUUAGCUUUAUGUUGUGAGGUUGAGCUUGGUCUGCAUAUAAAAGGAACUCAGAUGCAAAUAAAGAAGCUGGUGUGUUUAGCGUAG